UUACAAGGUAAAUUUUAAACCGCAGCAAACUACAAAAUGGCGGAGGGUGGAGAGCUCCAUUCAGUCUACGUAGAACAGCUUUUUCAACGGUUAUAUGGAGAAACCACAACAUCCUUUGAUAUAAACAUAGAAAAGAAAGACUUAGGGAUAGAGGUGGCAGGAGGACCAGACGAGCAACACAUCCCGGGGGACAAUGGAAUAUUUAUCACACAGAUCCUAAAGGGAGGCACAGCUGAGGAGGACGGGAGGCUGGCCGUGGGUGAUAGGAUCCUGAAGAUCAAUGACACGGAUGUCAGAAAUAUUACAAAGGAUGAGACCAUUAGACUUCUUAAUUCCACCAGAGGUACCUUAAAGAUUAUAGUGUCAAAGCCUGUUGCUGAAUUUGCUCUAACAGUAGACAGGUUACAACGUAGUCUAAACUACCUAAACACUGACACUCAAUGUUGUGCAUGUCAUACCAAAACGGAAUCUUGUUGUGAAACUUGUCUUCUUCCCCUGUGUGAAAAAUGCCAAACAAAUGUUGAAGAAGAGAGACCGGACGUGAAAAAUGCCCAGCUUCAUAGUCAAUGCUUUAUAUGCAAAAGGAAGGCAGAUUUUUCCUGCAAAUCAUGCCGACUGCCAAUCUGUUUUAAUUGCAAAACCCCAAACCCACGCCUUGAACGUUUUGUUGAACAUACGACCAGAAAUGACUUAAAAUGUUCCAUCUGCAAAAUGCCUACAGUUUAUAAAUGUGAAACAUGUAAUCUUCCCCUUUGCCAGAAUUGCAUUAUCAGUCAUGAAGACAAAGCGACAUCAGAUGCAGAUAUUUCUCUUGCCCAACACUUUGUUGAGUGUUUGUUUUGCAAAAGUAAUGCCGAGUUUUGCUGUAGGUCGUGUGGGUUACCUCUUUGCGAGAAAUGCAAGAAGGAACAUGAACUUGAUCAAAGAACAGAGAAGCAUAUGAUCGUACCAUAUGGAGACUAUUUAAAGAUAGAUCAUGCAGCAGAGGUUUGUCAGAUUCAUCCAUUUAAUAAUUAUAAUGCUUGGUGUGAAGAGUGCAAGAUUCCCGUUUGUAUCAGAUGUGUCACAGAUGCCGGACAUAAAGGUCAUUCCUUCGAAGAUUCUCAUUCUGUUUAUGAAAGAACACGAGGAAACAGCUUGGAAAACUUGAAAAAUAUCAGAGAAAAUCUUUUAGCAAAAUGUCGUUUGUUGUGUGAAGACAUUGACGCUGAUAUUCAGAAUUCGGAAACCCGUAUCUCUAUGUUCGAAGAGAAAGUAAAAUCUGAGGUGGGGCUUAUCAAACAGUUUUUAGACAUUGCAAUGAAAAAACGAAUAGAGGAAUUUAAGUCCAAAGAGGAAUGGUUUUUGGAAAGAUUGAGCUCGCAAAAAGGGGAAUUAUCCUGUUUCAUUUCAUACCUCAAAGGAAUUUCUGGUGAGUACGAGAAAAGACUGUAUUCUAAAGAAUUCGCUGGUCUACUUGAGUACCAUAGCAAGAUCCAGUCAGAAAAGAUAAAAGAAAUUCCAGACCUUCCUCUAUUCUCUCCCCCUGGCAUAAACGAAAAGUUUAUUGUCUAUGAAGAUGUCUCCAAGCUUUUGAGUUCUGUAUUAAGUUCUCGACACACGGGCAAAGUUCGAGAGGUUGACAAAAUUAUUCACGAAUCCAAAGAGGAGAAUGUUUUAAAGAUAUCCCCGAUACGUCCGGAAGCUACUUUCUACAUUCAUGGAUUAAAGACUUGUGACAGCAUAGAUGUUUUUCAAAGCAACGUUUGGAUAAAAAAAUCUGAAAACAUGCUUGUACAGCUUGAUAGACAAUGGGGGGCAAAAGACAAUAUUGAAGUUGAUCAUGUUGAACGAUUAGCAAUCGCAAAUGGUAGGGAAGUUUUUUAUACAGAUUCUAAAAACAACUGCAUAAUGAAUCUGAAACACUCUGACGUAAAUCUCUUUGUUGAAACAAAUCCAUGGAGCCCAGGUGCCAUCUGCGCUUCAAGACUCACCAAUGACCUUCUUGUUGGACUGAAAACGUCCAAUGAGUCGAAAAUUGUGCGUAUCAAUGAGGAUGGAAAGACAACACAGAGCAUCCAGUUUGAUAAUUCUGAGAAGCCACUUUUUAUCUUUCCACAUUAUGUAGCUGAGAAUAUCAAUGGAGACAUCUGUGUAUCUGAUAAAAAUGGCGCUGUAGUUGUGGUGGAUAAGACAGGCGUCCACCGCUUCUCUUAUUAUGGACAACCCUCGGCAUGGAGGUUGUUCGCGAAAAGAAUUUUACCUUUGGGACUUUGCACUGAUGCCUUGGGACACAUCAUUGUAUGUGAUAAGUACGAACUAACAAUUCAUGUCAUCGACAAAAACGGGCAAUUCAUCACCUUCAUCAAAACGAUAGACAUUCAAGCUCCUCUAGAUGUUAGUGUUGAUAAGGAUAAUAACUUAUGGGUUGUUCAGAAGUCAUCGGACACUCUUAGAGUUUUCCACUAUUUGUCACAACAUGAAAAUGCAUGAACUUUUCUUUUUCUUUCUUUUUUGAAAGAAUAAGUUCUCUGUUCUUUUGAGAAAGAACAAGUUCAUGGAGAAAAUCCUUGUUUGAUAGCUAUUCUAUGCAAUUGUUCCUAGCUUUGAUGCCAUUUGUAUAUAGCAUUUUUGUUGAUGACAGAGAAUGUGCUUUCUAUAAUUUUUGUCUUCUAAGGAGGCCAGGUAACCAGGAAAGUACAUCAAAAUAAAGAAUACUUAGUAAUUUGUAUGAUUGCCAUAAAUUUCGUUUCGUACGAAAUAAAAUGUUGAGUAGAAAUCUAUGAAAAUUAUCAGAUUUCUACAUAUCAACCUUUUUGCUCUCCUGUAGAAACCUGUGUUCUGAACUAUAUUGUGUGGGAUCUUAAUCUUUUGUAUUCUGUUUUUCUUUUCGUGAAUGCCUCUUUAUCAUAUAAAAAUUUACUAGCAUUUGUCUUUAUUACAAAAUGUUUAAAGUCCAGGGAUUUUUUUUAUA